AGGGGAAGUUUUAAGUUUACCCAUUUAACAGACAGAAGAAGAAAAAACGGAACCCGCACACAGCAGGAACCUUUGAACGAACGCUGCAAAACUCGGAUUUGUUUAUUGGUGACACCUGGGGAACAGCUGUUUUUGAUCGGCUAACGUUGGUAGCUAGCUAGUUACAGACAACUUACUGGCUAACGUAACGCUAAUCAAAGUAUAUUACUGGUUUCCGCCUUGUACAAUUUAAAGGUUGAUUGGAGGGCUGUUGCCAUGGAGCCUGCCUGCCGUAAAGACAAGCCAAAGCUGAACUCUACACCGACCAGAGGAGACAGAGCCAAACAGAAGUCCGCACAGCAAGAGCUCAAACAACGACAGAGAGCAGAGAUUUAUGCCUUAAACAAGGUGAUGACAGAGUUGGAACAGCAGCAGUUUGAGGCCUUUUGUAAACAGAUGCAAUCACAAGGAGAAUGAGUCCCGCCUUCCUUUUUCAUCUGGACCAGGACCCUGUCACCCUGCAAAAACACCAUGUACCGAUAUACAAUCACACACUUAUACUUACGCUGAUGCUUGAUAAGACAAUCUUUCUGCUCUUGAUGUGUUAACGAUUCAGAUUCUUCACUCUGUAACCUGAAUAUGCUGGAGAGUAUUGUUAUAAUUACCUGACCUGAUUGGUAACUGAAAGCAUUGUGGGUAAAAUGUGGCCAAACAGGAUCAGUAAUCAGACUUGCAUAUUUCCUACAAACACAUCAGGUCACUGAUAUUUCCUUUACAUAAAUAUCAACCUUUUGUUAAAUGCAUGUAAUUGUUAAACUGGGCUUGCAUGCUCUUUUUUUUUUUUGUAUAAUACUGGCAAACUUUAAAUUCACAUGCGUUGAGAUUUUGAAGUUGACCAGGUCAAACACAAAUGAGCUGUCAGUUAACUCGCCAGAGAGGCACCAGAGUUAAUAACUCUGGAAGGGCAACAGUUAUGCAUUUUCUCCGCUGGUCAGAGACCUUAAACAAACGCACAAGAUGGAUUGUUGACACCGAACCAUUUGAGAAGCCGUCAUUGGAAACCGUUUGGAGAAGGGCAGACAACACUUUCCAAAAAUACAUACCUGCCGUGCGAUUGGAUGAACCGUCUGUCUAUCACAUCCACCGUUGUUUGAGUGAAGAGUAACGGCCGUCACACACACCUAAACCACGUCACUAGCUACCAAAAGCUCCUCACUGGACUCUGAUUGGUUCGUUAAAGCACACUCUAAAAAAGCUUUGAAGCUUGGGUAUCAUCCGCCCAUCGCGUCUCAAGUCGGGAAUACAUUGUACUGUAAGCUAGGGUUGUACAAUUAAUUGCAAAUGUGUCAAAAUCGCAAUAUGGACUAAUGCAGAGUUCAAAAGGGAGUCUGGAACCCCUAGGGGGUCCUCAGAAAUGCUGCAGAUGGGCCACCAAAUUACUGAUAGAUGGUUUAAAAAAAAAAAAUGUCUGAAAAUAUACAUUAACAUGAAUCCAACAUAUUAUUAGUAAAGACACAUCAUUUUUAAAUGUACACAACAAUGAUGAUAGGCUUAUUGGCCUAUAGGUAAAGUAGCCAUAUGGUUGACUUCUACAUACAGUUAAGCUUAAGGAUUCAAUGUGCCACAUUUCAGCAUUAAAACUUGUUUAAUAUGAACCAGUUUAAUAUGCAACUCAAUUUUAUGCAAUAUACGUAGUAUGGGGUCCCUGCUUCGUCUCUAAUCAGCUAGGGUUCCUUGGCCUAAAAAAACGUUGAAGACCCCUGGACUAGUGCAAUAUCCAAAUUGCAGGUGGGUCGCAAUAUUUGUUAAAGGCAAAACCAAACCAUUCUGAAUUAAGUAUUGUGGUACUGCCGAGACGUCGCAGCCUACAAAUUGUAUCCAACAGACUAAGUCCUUGCAAAAAUCACAUUAUAAUCAAUUUCAUUUUAAUAUUUUUCAAUGAAAAUGAGAAUAAUGAUACAAAAUUGAUCAUUCCCUCCAAUAGGUGCCCUUAAUAUGCCAGUGUUAUUGGUGCUCACUUUGAACACUAUCUUGUGAACAACAUUGUAUGCAGUGCCACCUGGCCUGUACAUAUUUAAUAUAGCAUUUCAUUGUCACAUUAACGUUUUGCAAUCCAAACAACUUCUAUUUAUGACUGAUAACUGUAAAAUAUUUAUACUAAGUACAGUAUGGCAUCCACUUGGACUUGAGUUAAACAUUUUUGAUUGAAUGAAAAUAAAAGUGAGUUUUAAAAAAUAA